GUCUCCGGCUCCCCCCGAGCCGCUUCGGGCGUUUCCGCCGCGAGCCCUCGGGCCUCUCCGGCGCUGCGAGCGCUCGGUUUUUUCCGGAUCCGCUCGUCUUUUUGCGGAUCCUCUCGGCUCUUUCCGGAUCCGUUCGGCUCCGCCCGCCGAGCCGAACCCGGAAGCGGAGCCGGAGCCGGCGGUGAUGGAGGGGCCGCAGAAAAGUGGGGAGCCGGAUGGCAGCGAGCGGGACGCGGCGCCGGGGGUCCCGCCCGGGGCGCCGGGGGUCCCAGCUGUGGCGCCAGGGGCCGGCGAUGCCGAGGGCACCAUCCGGGCGCUGCGGGCGCAGCUGGCGGCCGCCCUGGCCGAGGCCGAGACCGUCCGGGCCGUGGCCACCGUGAGCGAGAGCACGAAGCAGGAGGCGGUGGCUGCCGUCCGGCGCCAGUGCCAGGAGGAGGUGGCCUCGCUGCAGGCCAUCCUCAAAGGUGGGGACGGGGACGCCCCUGCGGGGCGCCGCCGGGCCUCCCCCGGCCCCCCGCAGCCUCUCCCUCUGCCCCCCCAGACUCCAUCCGCGGCUACGAGGCCCAGCUGGCGGCCCUGCGGCAGGAGCGGCGCCCCGCGGCCGCCCGGGAGCCUCCGCCGGACUCGCUGGAGCUGCAGAUGGAGAAGCGUGGUGGAGCCCAUGGAGGAGGAGAUCGCCCAGCUGCGGGCCCGGCUGGCGCGGGCCGAGGCGCUGAUCCGGGAGCUGCGGGGCGACGCCGAGGCGCGGCUCUCCGCCGACGAGGACGACGACGGCCUGGCCUUCGCCGGCGGCUGCGACAGCCUCUCCAUCGCCGGCUCCGUGGCUGGCUCCGGCGCCCCGGCGCAGGACGACACCGCCUCGCUGCUCUCCACCGCCACGCUGGUGCCCGAGAGCAUCUACCUGCCGCCCCCCGGCUUCCAGCUCGUCCCCGACGGCGCCUGGGCCCAGCUGCAGGACGAGGCCCGGCAGCAGCGCGAAGCCCUGCGGCAGGCGGGCGAGCGGCUGGAGGCGGCCGCCCGUGAGCGCCAGAGGCUGGAGGAGGCCCUGGGACGCAGCAGCGAGGACUGCGCCAAGCAGGUCCGGGUGCUGCUGGGGCAGGUCCAGGACUCGGAGCGGCUGCUGCAAAACCUCCAGGCCACUGUGAGCCAGACGCAGCGACGCACCCAGGAGCAGAUGGCCGAGCUGGCCGCGUCCCACAAGCGCCUGAGCGUGGAGGUGCAGCGCCUGAGCGAGGAGAACGAGGGGCUGCGGGGGCAGCGGGGCCCUCCCGGCCCCGGGGACAGCGGGGACCCGGGCGAGCCCCUGCCCGGCUCCACGCAGGAGCUGCAGGCGCUGGUGCGCGGGCUGCGGGCGGCCGGCGAGGCGCAGCGGAGGGCCGGGCAGCACGAGGCCGAGCGGCUCCGCAUCGAGAUCGCCUCGCUGCGGGAGCGGCUCCAGGAGGAGCGGGAGACCCGGGCCCAGCUCCAGCGGCUGCUGGACGCCCAGGCGGCCGCCCAGCGCGAGGACAGCCAGCUCAUGGAGGGUGAGUGACGCCUUGGUCCGUACCCCCCCGGUCCCGGGGCAGUGGACAGGGGCGCUCGCCCCACGGCGCAGCCUGGAGCCCCCCCAACCACCCCCCGUGUCGCCCCCAGCCUCCCUGUGCAGCGUCCGAUCAGAGAUGGAGCGGCUGCAGCAGGAGCUGACGCAGGCCCAGCAGCGAGGACAGUGCCUGGAGCAGGAGCUGCGGCGGCUCCAAGCGCAGCGGGAGCCAGGAGAGGUCCGGGACCCCUCCCCGGAGCCGCCCCGGAGCCUUGCGGAGGGGAUGCGGGGGCAGGAGGCCUGAGGGGACCCCGCUGCUGCCGACCGGGGUUCCCCCAUGGCGGCCCCAUCUCUCAGGGAGGGCCCCCCAGCCCGUGUCCGACUGUUACUGCAUCUGACUGUUACUGGUGGUGCCUGGAGCCACGGGCUCCUCCUGGCCCCGGGCACCUGCCGCUCCCCCUUAGCCCGUGUGGGGAAAAUAAAACUGUUUUUAUAACUGU